CCGGCGGCGAUAAUUGCGGCGGCGUCGGAAUCUUGGGCAUUGCUUGGGCCUUCGGCGGCAUGAUCUUCAUCCUCGUCUACUGCACCGCCGGUAUCUCAGGUGGGCACAUAAACCCGGCGGUGACGUUGGGGCUGUUGAUAGCAAGGAAGGUGACGUUGGUGAGGGCGGUGCUGUAUAUGGUGGCUCAGUGUUUAGGAGCCAUUUGCGGGGUUGGUCUUGUCAAGUCUUUCCAAAGCGGUCGCUACGACCGUUACGGCGGCGGAGCCAAUUCCCUGGCCGAUGGCUACAGCGAAGGCACCGGCCUGGCCGCCGAGAUCAUCGGCACCUUCGUCCUCGUCUACACCGUCUUCUCUGCCACCGAUCCCAAACGUAACGCCAGAGAUUCCCACGUUCCGGUGUUGGCGCCACUUCCGAUAGGGUUUGCGGUGUUCAUGGUGCACUUGGCCACGAUUCCGAUCACCGGAACAGGUAUCAACCCGGCCAGGAGUCUGGGAGCCGCCGUGAUCUUCAACAAGGACAAGCCAUGGGAUGACCACUGGAUAUUCUGGGUGGGACCAUUCAUCGGAGCCGCGAUCGCUGCAUUCUACCACCAAUACGUACUGAGAGCCUCAGGUUCCAAGUCGCUGGGAUCCUUCAGGAGCUCUUCCAACUUCUAAAAUCCCGAUUUUGAAACACAUGUAAUUUAAUGACGAUAAUCAUAAAAUUAAUGGUUAUGCAUGGUCUCUAAUCAUAUUCUCUCAAUCUUCUUUGUGCCCUUUUGUCUUUUCGUUUGUGUAUUGUGGUGAAAGAAAUAAGCAUUAAAUGAUUUUCGCUUUUAAAUCUGA